CUGCCUCCCCCCACAAUAAUGCUUGCCGGUGGCAUGAGGUCUCCCUGCUUCAGAAACACUGAAUGGCAAACUUCAAGAUUCAAGGUGGACUUUGACACAUUGCCGGGAGGACUUAGAAAGGACUGAGCAUGACCAUGGAGAAUCUUCCGAUGAUGAGCUGUCCUGGCAAGGGCACAGUGCCACCUGUACCACCACCCAUAAAGUUAAAACUACAUUAGUUUGUGCUUCUAUCAUCAUGAUGGUCCUCUUGGUAGCUGAAUCAUCACGUUCCUCAAAGAGUAAACUCAUAGCAAGAAAUUGGGGCCCACAAUCAAUGCUAUAUCUCAAGGGACGAUAUGGUAGAGGAUAUGCUGCUUCCGAUAAUGAAGAACAGUGCUACAAGCUUGAUUGGGAUGAUUUGAAUACAGUCAUGAAAAGUUACAAACGAACAGCUCCGCUGAAAUUCCUGAACAUCAAAAGAAGAUUAACUGCUCAGAAUAUGGACAUUGAUAAUUACUUAGAUUAACCAUUUAUUUAUUCAUCCUUCCAGUAUUGCAGAGACUCUAAA